ACAGACAUACCGAGGGACUCGGCGUGUACAGCACAACAUUGUAGCGGUGACGCUCCGUUAAAGGCCUGGACUGUGCAUUACCGGCGGAGUAGCCAGGACAACCUGUCGGUGUUUUCUCCAGGAAAACGGGUUGAUUUUACCGCAGAGACGCUUUAUUUCGAAGCAGGAUGGCAGAAGCGGAGUUAGAAACCUUUACCUCAGUCAUGGACGCGCUAGUUCGCAUCAGUUCCAACAUGAAGAGUAUGGAGCAGGAGUUGCAUUGCCCAGUGUGCGAUGAGAUGGUGAAGCAGCCCAUUCUGCUACCGUGCCAGCACAGCGUGUGUCUGCUGUGUGCGGCGGAGAUGCUGGUGCAGAGAGGUUAUCCUCCCCCGGAUCUCCCUGCGGAGCCCAUCUCACCAGGCUCCACGCCCAACUCCCGCUCUCCACGGCAAGCACGCCGACCCGUACCCAGGACCCCUGACCACCUGGAGCGGGUCUUCAGAACAGUAUGUGGGACAUACCCAGGGAGAAGGCGGAGGGAAGCAGCCCCUCCCCCCAUGCUGUUCCCCUGUCCUUCCUGUCAGCAGGACGUGGAGCUCGGGGACAGAGGACUCACUGACUGCUUCCGUAAUCUCACUCUGGAGCGCAUCGUUGAGAGGUACAGACACACAAUGAGUCUGGGCAGUGUAGCGAUUAUGUGUGGCUUCUGUAAGCCUCCCCAGUCUCUGGAGGCCACUAAAGGCUGUGCUGACUGCAAGUCAAACUUCUGCAAUGAAUGUUUCAAACUCUACCAUCCCUGGGGAACUCCAAGAGCUCAGCAUGAACACAUUCUACCCACCAACAACUUCAGACCAAAGGUUUUAACAUGCACAGAGCACGAGCAGGAGAGGCUGCAGUGGUACUGCCGUAACUGCCAGCGGUUGCUGUGCCAGCUGUGUAAACUCCGUCGGGUCCAUCAUGGACACAAAGUUUUACCCAUAGCACAAGCCUAUCAGGCCCUCAAGGACAAGAUUAGCAAGGAAGUCAACUUUAUCCUGGCCAAUCAGGAGACGAUUCAGAGUCAGAUCGCUCAGCUGGAGGCUGCCAUCAAACAGAUGGAGGCUAACAGCACUGUGGCUCUGCACCAGCUGACUCACUGCAUCCGAGAGCUUGGAACAGCCGUCGCCGAGCGUCAGGGGACUCUAGCCAUUGCCUUGGAGGGAUCCCGGAGCAGAAGAGAGGAGGCUCUGUCCGUUCAGGUCUUUGAGAAGCAGGGGCUGAUGGAGCAGGCAGGUCUGAUGGCCUUCACCCACGAGCUGCUCAAAGAGACAGACGCUCCCUGCUUUGUGCAAGCCGCAAGAGUAACACACAGCAGGCUGAUUAAAGCCAUAGAAAACCUGCAGUGUUUCUCUCUUGCUGCUGACACCUCCUUUAGACACUUUCACCUUGAUGCAUCCAAAGAGGUCAAGCUCAUCAACAGCUUGCAAUUCAUCCAAGCCCCUCAGGCUCCAGUCAUCGACACUCAGAAAACGUUAGCUUAUGACCAGCUGUUUUUAUGCUGGCGCCUGCCUCAGGACUCGGCCCCGGCGUGGCACUUUUCUGUUGAAUACCAGCGACGAACGGGUGCCACCUGGGGCGGCAUCAGCUCCCCAAACUCUUCGACGCCGUGGCUGCGUCUGAAUGAAGUGAAGGGGACCAGCGCCGUGGUAGACCGGGUGCAGAUGGACAGCGUGUACGUUCUCCGAGUGAGGGGCUGCAACAAGGCUGGGUUUGGAGACUACAGUGAAGAGGUUUACCUCCACACGCCGCCCGCACCAGUUUUGAGUUUUUCCUUGGACUCUCGUUGGGGUUUACAUGCUGACCGUUUGGCGCUAGGUAAAGGCCAGACUUAUGCCCGAAGUGUGCCUGGCCUCUCCCUUCUACAAGCCGCCGACCGAGCUCUCACCUCUUGUCACUUAACCUCUGACCUCCUUGUGGCCGACUUGGCCGUCACUCAUGGCAGACACUACUGGGCGUGCUCUGUGGAGCCUGGGUCCUACCUGGUGAAGGUAGGCGUUGGACAGGAGACUAAACUACAAGAGUGGUUCCAUCUUCCUCAGGACAUGGCGAGCCCACGUUGUGAUCCAGACAGUGGCCAUGACAGCGAUGCAGAAGACGGCCAGGACUCCCCUCCCUUCUGCUUCCUCACCGUGGGCAUGGGUAAGAUCCUACUCCCCAAAGGACACGUUCCCUCUCACAGCCAGUGCGAGAGCCACAGCCAGGCAGCAUUGCACUCUCAAAGCAGCAACUAUAGUAACAAACCUCACUCCCACACUGCUCCCCUACCUCCACGACUUGGAGUCUGUCUGGACUGUGACAAAGGCCAGGUUGCCUUCUAUGAUGCCCACUCCCUGCGUAUGCUAUGGGAGGGACACGUGGAUUGCUCUGGUCCAGUUUGUCCAGCUUUUUGUUUCAUAGGCGGAGGAGCUCUACAGCUGCAAGACCUCGUAGCCAACCGGAGCAUAGAGGAGCCUCCGCCACGCAGGGUUACCAUUGAAACUCGAGUAAAAAAAUUCAAGUAGAUAAACAGUGCAAGUCAUUAAAACCCAGUUUGUCCAACUUGUAGAGCUAAAAACUAUUUAUUCUAUCUCGUCAAAUAUGGUUAUGUCCUGUGAGUUAACAUACAGUCAUCAUGAGCAUGAAAGUCAGAAGCCCCUGCUCUAAAAUUGACACUUUCAAUCGCGACUGAAAUUUUCAAAGAACUGUUCAAAACUGUUUACUGUUUUUUUUUUUUUUUUUAGCAGGGCUGGUGUUAGAAUGGGUAAUAGUGCUCUAUAUGUAGAGCUUCAGCGUUGUCUUCUCAUUCUAGCCUGCAAAAAAUAAUCUAACUAAAUCAGUAAAGCAGCAAACGUGAUGACAUUCAUGCCCUUCAUGAUGUGUGUUAACUUUCCUUGUAACUUCCGUCCCUGCAAAUAUAUGGAAAAUGGUAUUUCAGUGCAAUUUUUGAAGUAGACAAGAAAUAUCUGAUAUUCUCUUACCUUUACACUUAAAAAAAACCCCACAAUUUAUCUCUUUUGCUUCUUGUUUCCUAAACGGACAAAAAUAUCUAAUGGACAUUGUGGUUGAAGUGGUGUUAGACUAUGCAGAAAUCUGUUAACCGGGUGAGUCAAACCCCUUUAUCAUCCUUUAAAACUCUCACACAGAAAAAUACAGCUUGCUCUGUGUUAUUUCGUCCCAGACUCAAGGGACAGCAAAGGUUGCAUAUAAGUGUAAUUUAGCUUCCUUAUGCAGAUAUUUCACUGUCACCUUGUGAAGAUACCUGAUAUGCUGUAUGUCUAAUUUUCUGCCUUCGUUUUUUUACCCAGCUUAAGAAAUGGUUAAUGUGAAAUCACCGGGAUUAGAUAAAUGUGAAUAUUAGGAGUUGCCUCUGCCAGAAGCACACGUAUCAGUAUCUGGAAAAACCACCUUCUUUUCUCUCUGCAUUUCGAAAGAACUUGUGAAGCUGCACAAUAACGCUCACGGCUGCCUUUGAGUUUUCAGAUUUCCACAGAGAUCAAAGUGAAGGAUGCUCUGAAUGAGUGAUGUUCUCUUUAUACUGCUUGACUUUUAAACAUAUGAAAAAACUUUGGAUUUUUGAUUUUUCACAAACCUUUUGAUUGUUCAGCUUGGAACUAUGAGUCAUUUGCACAUACAUAAUAAUGAUUACAUAUUUAAAGAAUAAUAACGAGGGGCUUAACCAGCUGGAGACUUCAGUUUUGUAACUUUCAUCAACUAAAAUGUAUUUGUUUUCUCUGUAUUAAAUUACUUAUUUGAUUACAAAAAUAAUCUAAUGGUAUGUUUGGUCAAUGAGCAAGUUUUGUUUCCUGCAAUAUUUUAAUGCUAUUUUCAAACUGACUGGCUCAGACUGUAUUUUAAUGAUCAAUAUGGGUGUAAGAUGGAUGCAUGUGAGCUCUGGCUUUAACUUUGAUAUUCUUCAUAAACCCCGUCUCCUUCCGCUGAAAGAGAUACUAUUACAAUAAAAUUAUGUAUACAGAUUGGAGUGGAUUAUGUGUUUGUUGUACAGAUGUAUUGCACAUCUCUCACUUUGAAUAGUGUGUUGUUCUGGUUUUGAAGGUUUUAUAUCUGGUGUGGUUGCUUUGUGGUGCAAUUUCAGCUCUCUUCAUUUUAGGCAUUUUUUAAAAUUAAUUUUAGGUGUCUUUCUUCACACAUACGUUUUUCUUCUUUGAGAUUUACAUUGCUGAUGUUUUUGUCUCAAUUAACUAUUUUAUUUUGGAAAUUUUGUUUCAUUACAAUAUUUUGUAAGUCUUGUAAUAACUCUAUAGCUCUGUGUCAGUGAGGGCCUUUAACAUCUUGUCAGUCUACAUCAGGGCUCUCAAACUGCUAUCCUUAAAGUCUGAGUCCUGAAACUUUUAGAUUUGUCGCUUUUCUUAUGUCCUCCUCACUAUUAAUAUUAGCCAUGUGUGCUGGAAUAGAGAGACAUCUAAAAUUUGCAGGUCUCUGUCCGUCGAGAACUGGAAUUUGAGACAGGAGUUUCAGUUUGUUGUAUUUUGUCUCUUUCUUUGCUGUAUAUUUCUGUCUCCCGUGUUUCUUUUGGAUCCUUCUGAAUCUGUCCUCACGUGUUCUUCUGUUUUGAAUGGAUUACCUAUUGUAUGCCAGCACAGCACUCGAAUGGCUUUAGAUUGUAGCAUUCUGAAUUUUAAAAUUGCCUUGCUGGCAGAUUGCUUCCAUGUUGUUAUGAGAAAAACAAUAAAAGACUGAAAA